UUUUCAAUUAAAUUAUAAAUAUCUUUAAUAUAACCCAUUAGAAUUGACCAGUGCUACUGUGUGUCAACUCCUAAAAUAAAUAGUUGAUAUUCAUAAUAGUAAAAAAUUCUCAAGCAUAAGAGGAACCGCCUGAAAUUUGAUUACCAUUACAAUUCUCAUGAAUAUAAUGAUUAAAAACUAAAAACAAUUAAAUGAAAAGUAGUGGCCACGCGCCGGGACAAGAAAACAGUAAAAAAGGAAAAAGAGAAAAAGAGUAAUUGCCAGACCAAAACACCAUAAUGGAGAGAUUAUAGGAGUGUGUUGAGAUCUGAACAAGAAUUAAUAAUAAAAAGAAAUUACAAAAGAAAAAAGAAUAUAAAUAAUAAAAAUAUAGAUAUAUUAAAAAUUUUCACCUGAGCUUUUGUCUGUGGUGACCCAUUACAGAGUGAAAUAUUAAGGGGGAAAAAGGGGAAAAAGAAAAGAAAAAAACCUCUUUAAAGGCACUGAAAUGUCUCUUUCUCUUUCUCUCUCUUAAAUGUAACAAAUUAAACACUCCUUUAGCCUCUUAAGAACUCCAUUCAUUCAUUCACACUUCAUAAUAAAACUCUAUCCUUUUCAGAACUCCUCCUUCUUCAUCUUUGUCUCUCUCUUUUUCUCUUGCCUUAAAACAAAAACGCAAUAAAGAUCUUGUCUUUCUGCUUCUCUGUUUUAAGUUUUCAAUCUUUUCUUGAAUUCUUACAUUCUUUACCCCCGACACAGUCCUUAUAAAGGUGAUAUUCACUUUCUUUUUCAUAUAUAUUAAAGAAUGAUGAGAGAUUUUGGAGUUAUUAAACCCCAGAGGGAACAAUUGAGAGUUACAGAGAAGUGUUUAGAUUCACAAUUAUGGCAUGCUUGUGCUGGUGGCAUGGUUCAAAUGCCACCUUUGAACUCUAGAGUGUUCUAUUUUCCCCAAGGGCAUGCUGAACAUGCUCAAGGGAAUGUGGAUUUUGGUCGUUGCCAAAUUUCUGCAAUGAUUCCUUGUAAGGUUUCUGCUAUCAAAUACUUGGCGGAUCCUGAAACAGAUGAGGUCUAUGCUAAAAUUAGACUAAUCCCUUUAAUUGAUAGGGAUGUGUUUUUAGAAAAUAGUGGUGAUGAUUGUGAUGAUGGAUUGUAUAAUGGAGCUGAGUCUCAAGAAAAGCCUGCUUCUUUUGCUAAGACAUUGACCCAGUCUGACGCUAAUAAUGGCGGUGGGUUCUCUGUGCCUCGUUAUUGUGCUGAGACUAUAUUUCCAAGAUUGGAUUAUAGUGCUGAGCCUCCUGUGCAGACCAUUCUUGCCAAAGAUGUGCAUGGUGAGACUUGGAAGUUUAGGCAUAUUUAUAGAGGGACUCCUAGACGACAUCUGUUGACUACUGGGUGGAGUAAUUUUGUGAACCAGAAGAAGCUUGUAGCUGGAGACUCAAUUGUGUUUUUGAGGGCGGAUAAUGGGGAUCUUUGUGUGGGGAUUAGACGCGCCAAGAGAGGGAUUGGUGGUGGAAAUGAGUGUCCAUCUGGGUGGAAUUCUUUUGGGGGUUAUGCUGCUGGGUUUUUGAGGGAAGAUGAGAGUAAAUUGAUGAGGAGGAAUGGUAAUGGGGAUAAUAAGAGUAAAGUAAGGGUUGAGUCUGUUAUUCAGGCUGCAACUCUUGCAGCUAAUGGCCAGCCUUUUGAGAUUGUUUACUAUCCAAGAGCAAGUACUCCAGAAUUUUGUGUUAGGGCCUCGGCAGUGAGGGCCGCAAUGCAGAUUCAGUGGUGUCCUGGGAUGAGGUUCAAAAUGCCUUUUGAGACUGAGGAUUCAUCCCGGAUUAGCUGGUUUAUGGGAACUAUAUCUUCUGUUCAGGUUGCUGAUCCCAUCCGCUGGCCUAAUUCUCCGUGGCGGCUUCUGCAGGUGGCAUGGGAUGAGCCAGAUUUACUUCAGAAUGUGAAGCGUGUUAGCCCAUGGCUAGUUGAACUGGUAGCAAACAUGCCAGCCGUUCACCUUUCGCCCUUCUCGCCUCCUAGGAAAAAAUUGAGAAUUCCACAAACCCCAGACUUCUCCUUAAUUGGCCAACUUCAGAUGCCAUCAUUUACCAGCAACACUCUCAAUUUGAACAGUCCCUUAUGCUGUGUCUCAGAUAACAUUACUGCAGGCAUACAGGGAGCCAGGCAUGCUCAAUUUGGACUAUCUUCAGCAGAUCUCCACAUCAACAAACUGCAGUCGGGUCCUUUUUCAGUUCGUUUUCAGCAGUUUAAUCAUGUUGCCCCAACUUCUAGAAUCCCCAGCUUCAACUUCGCUGGUGAUACUCAAAACAAUGAUGAUGUAUCUUGCUUCUUGAAAAUGGGAAAUCCCACUUUGAGCCCCAAGGAAAGCACUGAAACUAAGGCACCACACAUCUUAUUGUUUGGUCAGCUCAUUGUCACCAAUCAGCAGAGUUCUCAAAGCUGUUCCGGUGAUACAAAUGGAAAUAGUUCAUGCGAUGGAAAUCCAGAUAGGACAGCCAAUGUUUUUGAAGGUUCUGUUUCUGCAAGCCAUCAGACCACUACUCUGGAAAAUUCUUCUGAUGAAGGGUCUCCCUCUUACAAAGAGCACUGGAAAACUGACCUUGGCCUGGAAACUGGUCAUUGCAAGGUCUUCAUGGAAUCAGAAGAUGUGGGUCGAACCCUAGACUUAUCAGUCCUUGGUUCAUAUGAAGAGCUCUAUGGAAAAUUAGCCAACAUGUUUGAGAUUGAGAAUUCAGAUAUGUUGAGCAGUGUUCUUUACAGGGAUGCAGCAGGUGCCAUUAAACGUACAGGAGAUGAACCCUUUAGUGAGUUUUUGAAGACAGCAAGGAGAUUAACCAUUCUUACAGAUUCAGGUAGCGAAAACAUAGCAAGAUAGAGAAUGAGGAAUUCAACUAAAUUGUACAGUUUAUGAAUCUUUUCUUUCAAUUUUUUACUUUAAUAGGGAGCUGUGGCAGAAGCCUGCAUCAUCCAAUUUUGGAUAUUGUAGUUCACAUCAUUAUGCAGAACAACUUAACUUGCACUGAAACUUAUGGCAUAAAACCCUUGUUACCAAAUGAGUUUCACUAUGAAUGGCUUGCUCUCUCUUUUUCUAUUUUUA